AUGUCUGAAUCGACUUCUAGAUCAGUGGCUAUCAUCGGCGCGGGUGCUGCUGGUGCCGCUGCAGCUGCAGCUUUCGAUGCAGAAGACGCUUUCGACAUCAUACAAGUGUUUGAGCGCAGGGAGACGCCAGGAGGAACAUGGAUAUACGAUCCGGACCCGGCACGACCGAGUCAAUUACAGCCUGGAAAGAAUCCCCCAGAUGUCGAUCCUCCUCUAAGAGUACCCCAAACUCUACCAGCUGCUACAGCACCCACAGAGCAAACGAGAUUCGAUAGAACGCCCAUAUACGAAGGUCUUACAACAAAUGUUCCCGAGAUUAUCAUGUCGCUAUCAGACGAGCGAUUCGCUUAUGGACCAUUUGCACCACACUGGGUUCCAAAGCAGUAUAUUCAGAACUACUUUGCAUCGCACCACACGGAUCGAUUUCUGGUUCUGAACACUACCGUUGAGGAUGUCACUCGCGAACGCGAUAAUUGGCGCUUGACACUGCGCCGCCACGACCCCACGCAAAAGGUAGAUAUCUGGUGGGCUGAACACUUCGAUGCCCUCGUUAUCGCCAAUGGGCACUACUCGAUACCCUAUAUCCCGAAAGUUGAUGGCCUUGAUGAGUUCAUGGAAAAGUACCCUGGAAGAGUCGCGCAUUCGAAAUUUUACCGUAGUCCAACUCACUACCCCGGGGGAAAGAUUCUCAUCAUAGGCAAUUCCGCUUCCGGGUACGAUAUCACGACUCAGUUCGCCCAGUCUGGAAUCGUUGCUCUUCCAGUCUACCAAUCGCGGCGGUCACCCUCGCGCUGGGAUGGCCGUGAUCCUCCACCAGGCGUCGUUUGGAAACCCGUCAUCACUUCCUACUCUUCAUCGGGGACGAUACACUUCGCCGACGGAAGUCACCUAGACGACAUCGACACAGUAAUCUACUGCACCGGGUACAAGCCCUCGUUCCCCUUCUGGAACAGUCAUGCAAACGGCGGAGAGAUCUACGAUUACCAGGAGAGCAAGUUGGACGCGUUCUACCAGCAUACAUUCAGUACAAAGUGGGAGAGGAGCUUGGGCAUCAUUGGCAUACCCCGGGUAUUGACGUUUCGAUCUUUCGAGUAUCAGGCCAUCGCUCUGGCCAGAUUAUUCUGUGGCCGCGAGGCCCGGUGCUUGCCUUGUAUCCCCGAGCAGCGCGACUGGGAGAAAAAGAGGGUUGCGAAAUGUCAACAAGAGGGUCGCCUGUUUCACACCAUUCUCUGGGACGACGGUGAGACGAUGGAGUGGUUUAGGUAUCUGUUCGAAGUUGCUGGGCUGCCGGGGUUGGAAGGCAAGGGCAGGUAUCCGCCGCAAUUGACAAGGGAACAGAGGUGGGCGUUUGAGAACCUGAGAAAAUAUCCUGAGCCAGGGAAAGGGGACAGGAAAUACUCGAUUGAAUCAGAUGGGUGGAAUCUCGUUGGAAAGGAAUUUGAGGAGAAGGAGCAAGACAGUGCAUGGUUUAUUUGA